AUGUCAUCCUCUCCUUUUCGUAUCGUUGAGCACGUAGUGCCUUGUCAGCACAUCCGCGAGUACCCUGGGGCGGUAGCUGACGACCAAGAUCAACCCUCCUUGCAUCUUGCGGUGAAGCAGUAUAUUCCGAUUGACAAUCCUAAUCCACAGCCAGGAGAUGUAACAAUUCUCGCGGCUCACGCUAAUGGCUUUCCUAAGGAAUUAUACGAGCCUUUAUGGGAAGAAAUCCAUGCUCGUGCUAAGCAGUCCGGGUUUCGCAUUCGUAGCGUCUGGAUGGCCGACGUGGCGCAUCAAGGAGAGAGCGGCGUAAUUAAUGAAGACUCGCUCGGCAAUGAUCCAAGCUGGUUUGAUCACCCCCGUGAUCUUCUUCACUUGGUGAAUGUCAAGGCCGCUGAAAUGCCCCGACCCAUGAUCGGAAUUGGCCAUAGUUUCGGCGGUGCACACCUUACGCAACUCAGCUUGAUGCACCCACGUCUAAUGCACACAUUAGUGCUUCUAGACCCAGUGGUUCAGCCUCAUUCCACACAACUGGAUGGCUUUAGCCGUGAAGAGAACAAGCGCGUCAUCGCCAAAACAACCCAGCUCUCUACCUACCGCAGGGACAUCUGGCCCUCUCGCCAAGCUGCAGCCGAAGGGUUCAAACGCAGUCCAUUCUAUCAAGCCUGGGAUCCACGUGUACUAGAUCGAUGGGUACAGUAUGGUUUACGCGAUCUCCCCACGGCUAUCCACCCAUCGAAUAAUCAAUCUCAUAUUGAUCCCAAAAAUCCACCCGUCACUCUGCGCACAACGUUACAUCAAGAAGUUUUUACCUUCUCCCGACCGAACUAUAACCAUAUUCCCGGUAGUGGUAAGCCUGUCAACCGUGUGACUCACCCGGACCUUGACGCCGAUCAUCCGGACUCUCACCCUUUCUACCGUCCUGAGCCAUCCCGAAUCUUUGCACAGCUUCCAUUCCUACGUCCUAGUGUGCUCUAUAUAUUCGCUGGCAAAUCCGAUAUGUGUUUGCCUAAGAUGCGCGCGGAUAAGCUCGCAAACACAGGAACGGGACUUGGGGGAAGUGGCGGUGUUGCAGCUGGUCGUGUGCGCGAGGUUUUCCUUGAGAGUUUCGGCCAUUUACUGGCCCAAGAAGCUGUGAAUGAGUGCGCGGACGCAGCGGUCUGUUGGAUUGGUCCUGAGCUUAGGCGUUGGCGUGAUGAGGAGGAGAGUUUUAAUGCUGCAUGGAGGAAGAAGAAUCGUCUUGAAAAGAAGAUGAUUGAUUCAGCGUGGCUGGAUCAUGUUCCUGCUGCAACCCGAAAGCCUAGAAAUGCAGAAUCUAAGCGGGAUGUAUCACCCUCGAAGCUUUGA